AUGAACAUUUUCAUAUUUUUUAUGACUAUAAAAUACAGCAUGGAAAAUUCCCUUAAGCAGAAGUAUUCGGUGUUGCCUACAUAUGCACAUGGCCCCACAGACAUGGAAGCUGAGAUUGAACACAGGACAUCUAUAUCUGGAGUCCUAUCUAAUAUGGUCCGGAAAAAGAAUCCCCCUCUAAGAAACAUUGCUAGUGAAGGUGAGGUACAGAUCCUUGAGUCUACAGGUACAGAAAACGAAGAGUCUGGAAGGAAAAAAGAAUUUUCUGCAGAUCAGAUGCAAGAAAAUACUGACCAGAGUGAUGCUGCAGAGCUAAACAACAAGGAGGAUCUUUGCCUGCAUAUCCAAGAGCCAUCUUCCAGCAUUAAAAAAGACUUAAAAAGCUCAGUGCUGAGUGAAAAGGCUGGCUUCAAUUAUGAAAGCCACAAUAAGGGAGGAAAUGUUCCGUCCUUUCCUCAUGAUGAGGUGACAGACAGAAAUAUGCUGGCUUUCUCAUCUCCAGCUGUUGGGGGAAUCUGUGAGCCCUUGAAGUCUCCUCUAAGAUCAGAUGCAGAUGACACCCAAGAUGUGGUCUUCACUCCAUCAGGAGAUCCAGUGGAGACAGACAAAGAGCAUCAGACGUCGCCAAAAGCUACAGAUGAAACAGUGCAAGUGCAAAGCGGUCAAACUGAUGGCCAAGGCUCAAGUCCGGUCCCCAUGGCCUCAAAAAACCCACAAGUGCCUUCAGAUGGGGGUUUAAGGCCGAACAAAUCAAAAGCAGAUUUGUCAGCAAACGAUAACCCAGAUACGGCGCCUCUGUCUCCAGAGCUUCAGGACUUCAAAUGCAACAUCUGUGGUUAUGGUUACUAUGGGAACGACCCCACAGAUCUCAUCAAACACUUCCGCAAGUACCACCUAGGACUGCACAACCGUACCCGGCAGGAUGCGGAGCUUGACACUAAAAUUUUGGCUCUCCACAACAUGGUGCAGUUCAGCCACUCCAAAGACUUCCAGAAAGUCAACCGCACUGUGCUUUCAGGAGUGCUGCAGGACAUCAAUUCCCAAAGACCUGUCUUACUAAACGGGACUUAUGAUGUGCAGGUUACUUUAGGUGGAACCUUUAUCGGCAUUGGACGGAAAACUCCAGAUUGCCAAGGCAACACCAAGUACUUCCGCUGCAAAUUCUGCAAUUUCACCUACAUGGGCAACUCAUCAAAUGAACUAGAGCAACACUUCUUACAGACUCACCCGAACAAAAUGAAAGCUGCCCUUCCUUCCUCUGAAUCUGGAAAACCUUCAGAGAAAAACUCUAAUAAAUCCAGUCCUACUCUUCGAUCAUGUGAUUCUGGAGACUUGGGGAAGUGGCAGGACAAAAUCACCGUAAAAGCAGGAGACAACACACCAGUUGGAUACUCGGUGCCUAUCAAACCCAUAGAUUCUUCUAGACAAAAUGAUACAGAUGCCACCAGUUACUACUGGUGUAAAUUUUGCAGUUUCAGCUGUGAAUCAUCCAGCUCUCUCAAACUAUUAGAACAUUACAGCAAACAGCAUGGGGGAAACCAAUCAGGAAGCCUUCAUCCAGAUCUAAAUGAUAAACUUUCAAGGGGAUCUGUCAUUAAUCAGAAUGACCUAGCCAAAAAUGCAGAUGGGGAGCUAGUAACAAAGACAGAAAAGGGUUCUAGUAUGGCGAAAAAGAAAGACUUCUCUAGCAAAGGUGGAGAGGAUAACGUUGUGACAAGCUACAACUGUCAGUUCUGUGACUUUAGGUACUCAAAGAGCCAUGGCCCAGAAGUAAUAGUGGUGGGCCCACUUCUCCGUCAUUAUCAGCAGCUACACAACAUUCACAAAUGUACCAUUAAACACUGUCAGUUCUGUCCCCGAGGCCUCUGCAGCCCAGAAAAGCACCUUGGAGAUAUUACUUAUCCAUUUGCUUGCCGAAAAAGUAAUUGUUCCCACUGUGCUCUCUUGCUCUUGCACUUGUCUCCUGGGGUGACAGGAAGCUCUAGAGUCAAACACCAGUGCGAUCAAUGCGCAUUCUCCACUCCUGAUGUAGAUAUUCUCCUGCUUCAUUAUGAGAACGCACAUGAAGCCCAGACAUCUGAUGUCAAACAAGAAGCAAAUACCCUUCAAGGGAUGGAUGGGCCGCUGACUCUCAAAGAGAACAAAGAACACUCAUGUACCAAAUGUGACUUUAUUACCCAGGUGGAAGAAGAGAUUUCCCGACACUACAGGAGAGUACAUAACUGCUACAAAUGCCGUCAGUGCAGCUUUACAGCUGUUGACACUCAGUCACUACUAGAGCACUUCAACACUGUGCAUUGUCAAGAGAUGGACAUCAGUACAGCCAAUGGGGAAGACAGUCAUGGUAUGUCUGCUAUCAAGGAAGAGCCCAAAAUUGACCUAAAGGUCUACAGUCUGAUCAAUCCAGACCCCAAAAUGGGGGAGCCCAUUUCUGACAGCAUAGUGAAGAGGGAAAAGCUAGAAGAUAAGGAAGUGCUCAAGGAGAAAGGUUGGACUGACAGCUCCAAUGAUGAUCUUCGCAGUGUGACCUGGAGAGGAACAGACAUUUUGAGGGGAAGUCCAUCAUACACACAAACAAGCUUAGGCCUCCUGACCCCAGUGUCUGUUGGCCAAGAGCAGCCAAAGCCGUUAAGGGAUAGUCCAAACGUAGAAGCUGCCCACCUUGCACGGCCUAUUUAUGGCUUGGCUGUUGAGACCAAGGGAUUCCUGCAGGGGGUGCCAGCAGGAGGCGGAGAGAAAUCUGGACCACUCACUCAUCAAUAUCCUGGAUCAGGCGAUAACAAAUCAAAGGACGAAUCCCAGUCCCUGUUACGGAGACGUAGAGGCUCAGGAGUUUUUUGUGCCAAUUGCCUGACCACAAAGACCUCUCUCUGGCGAAAGAAUGCAAAUGGUGGAUAUGUAUGCAAUGCGUGUGGCCUCUAUCAGAAGCUUCAUUCGACUCCCAGGCCUUUAAACAUCAUUAAGCAGAACAAUGGUGAGCAGAUCAUUAGGAGACGAACAAGAAAGCGCCUUAACCCAGAGGCACUUCAGGCUGAGCAGCUAAACAAACAUCAGAGGGGUAGCGGUGAGGAACAAGUCAAUGGAAGCCCAUUAGAGAGGAGGUCAGAUGAUCACUUAACUGAAGGUCACCAGAGAGAAAUUCAGCUUCCCAGCCUGAGUAAAUAUGAGGCCCAGGGUUCAUUGACUAAAAGCCAUUCUUCUCAGCAGCCAAUAUUGGUCAGUCAAACUCUGGAUAUUCACAAAAGGAUGCAACCUUUGCACAUUCAGAUAAAAAGUCCUCAGGAAAGUUCUGGAGACCCAGGAAAUAGUUCAUCGAUAUCAGAAGGGAAAGGAAGCUCAGAGAGAGGCAGCCCAAUAGAAAAAUACAUGAGACCUGCGAAGCACCCAAAUUAUUCACCACCUGGAAGCCCUAUUGAAAAAUACCAGUACCCACUCUUUGGACUUCCAUUUGUACACAAUGACUUUCAGAGUGAAGCUGAUUGGCUGAGAUUCUGGAGUAAAUAUAAGCUGUCCGUUCCUGGGAAUCCACACUACUUGAGUCAUGUGCCUGGCCUACCAAAUCCUUGCCAAAACUAUGUGCCUUAUCCCACCUUUAAUCUGCCUCCUCAUUUUUCAGCUGUCGGAUCAGACAAUGACAUUCCUCUAGAUUUGGCGAUAAAGCAUUCCAGACCUGGGCCAACUGCAAAUGGUGCCUCCAAGGAGAAAAGUAAGGCACCACCAAAUGUAAAAAAUGAAGGUCCCUUGAAUGUACUAAAAAUAGAGAAAGUUGAUAGAAGUACUCAAGACGAACUUUCAACCAAGUGUGCGCACUGUGGCAUUGUCUUUCUGGAUGAAGUGAUGUAUGCUUUGCAUAUGAGUUGCCAUGGCGACAGUGGACCUUUCCAGUGCAGCAUAUGCCAGUAUCUUUGCACGGACAAGUAUGACUUUACAACUCACAUCCAGAGGGGCCUACACAGGAACAAUGCACAAGCUGAAAAGAAUGGAAAACCUAAAGAGUAA